AUCAAUUCAUUUUGUGAGCUUCGAGAAUUAAGAACAAUAUAAAGAGAAGAAAAGAAAAGGGGCAAAUCAGUAGCAGAUCGAAGCUCCUCAAAAGCUUACGAAAUUCCAUAGAGCAGAGACUGAGUUAUGGCACGAUACGAUCGCGCAAUCACUGUUUUCUCACCGGACGGCCACCUUUUCCAGGUCGAGUACGCUCUCGAAGCUGUGCGCAAGGGGAACGCCGCCGUCGGAGUUCGUGGCACCGACACCAUCGUGCUCGCCGUCGAGAAAAAGUCCACCCCUAAGCUGCAAGAUUCUAGAUCAGUGAGGAAGAUUGUCAAUUUAGAUGAUCACAUAGCCUUGGCCUGUGCUGGCCUGAAAGCCGAUGCACGUGUCUUGAUAAACAGGGCACGCAUUGAGUGCCAGAGCCAUAAGCUCACGAUUGAGGACCCUGUGACUGUGGAAUACAUAACACGCUACAUUGCUGGGCUUCAGCAGAAGUACACACAAAGUGGUGGUGUGAGGCCUUUUGGGCUCUCAACCUUGAUCAUUGGGUUUGACCCGCACACUGGCACUCCAUCACUUUACCAGACGGACCCAUCAGGCACAUUCUCCGCAUGGAAAGCAAAUGCUACUGGAAGAAACUCAAACUCUAUCAGAGAGUUUCUGGAGAAGAAUUACAAGGAGACAUCUGGCGAGGAGACCGUCAAGUUAGCUAUUCGGGCUUUGCUGGAGGUUGUGGAGAGUGGAGGGAAGAACAUUGAAGUUGCUGUGAUGACUAAAGAAGACGGUUUGCAACAGCUUGAAGAAGCUGAGAUCGAUGCCAUUGUUGCCGAUAUUGAAGCUGAGAAAGCGGCUGCUGAGGCUGCCAAGAAGGCCCCUUCAACAAGGGACGCUUAAAUACAUCUGAUUNUUUUU